CACCUCAAUGGUGUCUGGUGAAGUAGUUCGUCUCUUCUUGAUGGCCCGAUCAUGCCCCGAUGGGUUUGACCGGUGUGUGUCUUAGAACUCUACACAAAUUCAUUGAAGAAAAUUUUUGACUAUGGAGUGCCAAGAUAUGGAAUGGAAGGAGGGAAAAGUACCGUCAAACGGUGAUACUCCUAGUAAAAUAGAGAUUGAAAGCCCGGAUGCUGUGAAAAAUGGUAAUAUCAUUGCUGACAGUACUGUUCCAGCUGGUCUUCAAGCAUUGUUUUGUGCAUGUACAAAUCUGUAUCCUGAUCAGCCAAACCCUCUUCAAGUGACAGCUUUAGUUAAAUAUUGGUUGGGUGGUCCUGAUCCUCUGGAUUACAUCAGUAUGUAUGAUGUGCCUGGAAAUGAUAAGUUGAAGAUUCCUCCACAUUGGCAUUAUAUCAGCUUUGGUUUAUCUGAUAUCCAUGGUGAUGGGAGAGUCCAUGAGUUCACUGGUCCAGACAAAGUUAGUGGCUUUGGUUUUGAACUCACAAUGAGGCUCAAGAAAGAACCCACAGAUAAAGGACCUCCAACAUGGCCUGCUGCCAUCAUGCAAGGCCUUGCCAAAUAUGUAUUCCAGUCUGAGAGCACGUUAUGUGUUGGUGAUCACGUGAGUUGGAACUCGCCUCUGGAUGGUGGUGAGUCUAGACUCCAGCACAUGCUCAUGGCUGAGGAUCCUUGUCUGGGGAUGGUGCGCACUCCUAAUGGCAACGUACAGUUUGUGCAGGUUGUUGGGAUCACUAGUGAAGAGCUGCGUGCAGUGCAGCACUGGAAUGGAGCAGGGGUUCUUGCAAUUCUCAAAAGAUCCCUUGUAACUGGAGGCCCGUGGCUCGUGACUGACAUGAGACGUGGAGAGAGCGUCUAUGAACUAGACCCAGCUGUUGCAGAAGAGGUUGAGGCUGGCAUUGAAAGUACUGGCUCGAAUCUUUCUGGAGUUUCGGCGAGAAUAUCUUGGGUUAUGCAACCUGACGUUACACUCAACUCCUGCCUGAGAGCUCAGGACAGGAGCUUGGCAUCAGUCGACAGUCCUUCCAUCACAGUGAAGAAAGAAAACAACUCUGACUCUGGUCAAGACUUACCGCUCAUUAAGAGUGAACCAAAACAAGAGGAAAGCGAGCAAAAUGUUGAUACAGAAGAGAAACAGAGAACAGCCUGCAGUGGCGCUGUGCCUGCAGAGCUUUUUGAGACUCAGCGUCUAGAGAGCGUGCAUGUCACCAUUAACCUGGAGUCCGGCGCACUGCUGCCUCUCGCGCUCAGAGGGCGCUUGAAGCACGGGCGGCACUUCACGUUCAAGGCAGUGCUGGGGUCGGCAGCGCUGACGCUCAUUGCCCCGGGUGUGAGCGGGGCGUUUGUAUCUGCUGAAUCACCGUACGCAGUGAGAGGGCCCUGGCUUCAGCUCCUCAUACCCGAUGACCUCAUCGAACUGAUGAGCGCCGACCUCGCCGGACUCGCCGAUCCUGAUGAGGUUAAGGUUCCAGUGACUUUCCAAUGGCCGGCACACAAGUUAACUCUGACGAUAGUCGGCGAAGAUUGCUAGCUGAACCAGGAAACUCCCUUCUUACAGGAAUUCUCAAAAGGUGUCUGUGUUUUUAGUUAUGCCUCGAAGUGCCUGGAUUAUCGUCAUUACCUUCUCGCGACGCUAUAAAUGUAAGUUUAUACGAUCCAAUCCCUGUUACGAACGUUCACUGAUAGAUUGCUCGCAGUGUUACUUUGACACAAUUCUCACUUGUUACAAAAAGUAACACUCAUAACUAUAUUGUAUUAAAAUCCGAAGUUGCCCGAUAAGUUUACCUGCCGAUCGCGGGAUGCAGGUUGCGAUCGAGCAUUUGCUUCUGGCUUUGUUCAACUUAAGUAAAAUGUUAAUGAAAGGGGAGUCGCUGUCACUACCGCAUGCCUCGGAACAUUCGAAUCUAGACUAAAAAUGCAUAGGUAGUAACAGGUUUUAUUGACCGUUAAUAAGCUCAAAGAAUACAGUUCUUAUUGUUUAUGUCGGUGAUUUAUAAUGAAAUUGCGGAGCGUUUUUUUUUACACUGGUAAUUUGAUUUUAAAGGAACUUCAUAGUUUGUGAGAGACAAACUCGAGACUAGUAUUAAUGAGUCGCUUGACCUCAGAACUGUUAACGUUGAAGAACUGUUCGACAGUAUAGUGGGUUAAAGUUAUUUUUGUUUAGAUAAUGUGGAAGGAGUUAAGGCCUCUUAUCAUAUCAACAGCGACAUGGCUGCAAGUUACUCUGCCGCUCGAGGGUUAACUUUUCCAACUUUUUUAUGUUCCCUUACGAAAAUUGAUAUACUUGAUCCUUUCAUGUUUUUCAUAGUUAAAGUUCUCAUGGUUAGUUAAUCACGUAGGUACAAACUGACAAUUAACUGGUGCUAAAAAUAAAUGUCAUGCUUUAGGAGAACACACGACACAAUCCGUAGGGAUCUCUGGACGAUCACUGAUACAGGUUCUAAUGUAUUUUUAUAAGUAUUUUUUAAUUAGAAAACUCUGUCACGAUUUCCUCGCAUUACCGAAUAAUGUAACUAGAUGGUGAACUUAAUUUAAUUAAUAUACGUGUGAUCGAAUUUUCUCUACGAAUCUAGAAUAUUAUUUAAUUAUGGCGAUCUGCCGAUGCUUCUCUCUUCCAUUCCCGUCCUUUAUGUUGUGCAUUAGUCUAAAGUGCAAUAUAGAUCUUACCUGUUCAUGGUCAUACUCGAGUCUUCAGGUCUGAGUUUUUUGCGGAUAACUGCGGUCGAAUAAUCGAACAAUUUUUCAAAAGGUCAAAAUAGUUGGUGGCUAAUUUUUUUUAGCGAUUUUCCUGGUUAACAUUAGUAGCGCGAAAAAAUAAGCAUUGGAACAACAUUAUUGCAAUCACUGUUUGCAUCCUAAGACUGCUUAUCGCCACCUCUUUCUUAUUGUCUUCUGCGUUUCACUGUUCCUGCUAACCUGUGGUGUUGCUAUUAUAGUUCUCUCGGUUUACCGCAAUGCCACCAUAUUUUGCGAGAUUAAAUCUUAGACAAGUUACUGCUCUUCGCUUUUAACCGCAGUUUUCAAAUAAAUAUUUUUACCCUGAAU